AUGGCCACUGUCACUCACGCUGAAUCGACCGCCGCCAACGUCUCAAGUCUUGAAACACAGCUGAGCGCGAGCCUCGCCGACCGUAGUUCAAACGCUGAGAUAGUGGCCACUUUGGAACAGUACCGCCGCACCCGCGACGACGAUGUCUUCCGCGGCCCUCACAACGCGCCCGAUCGCGCCGUCGAGGAACAGAUCUGGGAAGCGCACUCCCGCGUAAACGCCCACUACAAGAAGCUGCUCAGCCAGCUGAACAAAGACGGAAGAAACCGCAUCGUUGAGGCUCGGAAGCUCAAGAAGGAAUACAUCGACUUCAUUAAGUCUAGCCAGCGCUUCUACAGGCAUCGUAUCCAGCAGCUAGACGAGCACUACGGUGGUAUUAAGGAAAUCCGGCAUGCUGCUCAGAUGGUUUCGCGAAGCGGGAAGGGGAAGCAACUUGAGUCCGCGAUUGCCCCUGAAAUCAGGCAAAAAGUUCUUUUUUCCUGCUACCACACGUUGGUCCAUCUUGGGGAUCUCUCGCGCUACCGUGAGACCACGGCUGCCGAGAAGGAAUACAAUUGGGGCCCAGCCGUGGGCUAUUACAGUCUUGCGAUGGAGAUAUAUCCCGAUUCUGGCAUGGCUCACAACCAGCUGGCUGUGAUUGCUCUUACGGACGGUAACCACUUCCGCGCAACGUAUCACCUCUAUCGAUCGUUGUCUGUGAAAGAGCCAUACCCCUUGGCAAAGGACAACCUUGAAAGGGAGUUCAAAAAGAUUUUGAUUGCAUCGGAGAAAGGCGAGCUCAUCAGCAAAACUCGGUUAGGGACUCCAAUUGGGCCAACGCUUGUUGCUCACCUCGUCCGCCUACACAGCAAGUGCUACAAGGGAGAUGAUUUCCCAGAGCACGACGAGUUGGAGAAUGAGGUGUUGAGCCAGCUUGCCGUUGAGUUAAAGGAGCGAUCACUGGAAGGUCUCCUACAAAAGAUCACGUUGGUCAACAUUGCUGCUGAGCAUCAUGCCGUGACACAGUUACAAGACGGCAAGUCGGCGGCACUUCGCCCGUUCUUUUACUUCUUGCGAUUGAAUGUGAAGACAUUCUUCACCUUGCUCCAGGUCCUCCAGCCGGAACUAGAACGCUUGACUGGAGAAGGUGAUGAUCUCGUUGCAGGAGACCGUCAACAGCAGCCAGCGGACAACGUUUCGGCGGUCGCGCGACGAACUCUGCCUGCGGUCCGCCUCUACAGCGCUUGGUUUUCGAAGAAUCGUUCUCUACUUUCAUCUGAGAUCUCGGGCUCGCUGUCUAACGUUGAAACCCAACAGCUCUGGAAAGCUUAUGCCGAGACUCUGACCCUCCUCAAAUCAGCGUUCCCAGUACCAGAUCUUCCCACGGAGGAUUAUAUGCUGGAGGAAGAUACCGAUACUCUUGGCUUCGCACCACUGGAAUCCGAGUACACCAAGAAAACCUGGUUCUCCGGUGACACCUUAAAGGCGAGGUGGUCUGACGAGGGCAUAGGCAGGAACUUGCCUAAUGUGGAGAUGCUCAUGCGUGUUCGCGAUUUGCUCAUAGAUGGCGCGUUCCUGAUGCAAGAUGAGACUGUCCCUUUGGCGUUCGACAAUGAACGGUUCAUAUAUCAGGAAGCCGACGUGCCUUCUCAGCUUCUUGCUAACUCGAGUAAUGAAGCCGAUUCACCGCCCGCUGCUGCAACUGUCGACCUUUUAGACAUCGCUCAAGCUGUCACCCCUGAAGCCGUACCAGAUGACCAGAUGUCGCGGCUUGCGCCGUCCGAAUCAAACACAUCUGCAAUCAUGAACAAGAUGGUAGACAACCUAGUCGGCGAUGAGGUCCUCGAUCCGCUCCCAGAAGAGGACGAAAACAUUCCGCCCACGCCACCGGAGCAGACUUUCAUGGAUACCGUGCAGCUCGGCGAUCGUGUUUACGCGCCCAUGAACGCGGGGGAUCUUGUGCAGCAAGUGAUGAACUACGGCAAAUCGAAUCGCUCACCGGCAACUCCGGUACGCACGCCUGUGCACACCCCAUCGCCAAAGAUCACACAGCUGCCGUAUCUUCCUCCACUCCCCUAUUCAGACGAUAUCUGGAAUCCAAAUUACCGCUCUCCGGGACCGUCCUCUCCCCUGUUUCCGCCAGGGCUUGAGCCGCGUGGAGCAAACGGCUACUCAGCGGGCCACUCCCGCGACCAUUCCAGCGCAUCCAUUCGGACGUCGGUGCCCAUCGCCGACUCGCGGAACGGGUCCUCUGUUACGCCUGUUGGCAAUCUUCCGCACUACCAGCAAGGGUAUGCGAACAACGGGUACGUGCCGGACCGCAGGUCAACCGGUGCUCCACCAGGAUUCGGUCUGCCCGCUUACGCCAAUGCCAAUGCUGGUGUGGCGAGCCCGCUUCUGUUCGGCGGUGGCGGCGGACCUUUUAGCUCUGACAUGAGACGCAGCAUCAGCGCGUUCCGCGGGACGCCGCCGAGUGGACAGGAGGGCUGA